UGUGUGUGUGAGGGAGAGACAGACAUACAGACAGACAGAGAGACAGAGAAGCAGUAGCUUUUUCUGAAAUGAGUCAGUUUGUUUUCUGACAGAGAAGAGUGAGGAUGAUGAGGAUGAUGAUGAAGACGGGCUUUCCUCGGCCUGUGCAGGCUCAGGUGAGCCCCAGGCUCCGGACCGAGUGUUAACCAUGCUGCAACCAUCUGACCCCACCUCCAGCACCCUGCAGCUGGUCGCCAAUGACAUGACCGGUAUCAUGGAUAAGCUGGACACCCGCGAGCUGGACCUCGAAGACGGAGAGUACGACACGACGGACGUCGGCGCCACAGAGCACUUGCCUUUCUCCUCCAUCUUCCACACUGUGGGUUUCAAGGAGCCAGAGGCCAAAGUCUUCCUGCUCGCUCCGAUCACCGCCAAGAUCCUGGAGGUGGAGCGCUUCACCUCAGCUCAGGACCGCUUCAACAUCACCACGCAGAGGAGCGUCAGCAAGUCGAUGCCGGCAGUGUUUAAGAUCGAGAUGAAACACGGCGAGUUCACGUGGCUGGUGAAGAGGAAGGAGAAACACUUCCAUGACCUUCACAGGGAACUGAGGACGUACAAGACCUUCAUGCGGCUGCCGCUGCCCACACGCAGUCUCACGAUAAAGAGAAACCCGGCGACAAGAGAUGACGCGCGGCACAUGCCGAACCUUCCCAGAGGAGGAGGAGAGGAGCUGGUCAGAGAGGAGCAAGUGUCCAGUCGCAAGAAAUCACUUGAAGAUUAUUUGAAUAAGCUGCUGAAGAUGCCCAUGUACAGGAACUACCACGCCCUGAUGGAGUUCAUCGACGUGAGUCAGCUGUCCUUCAUCCAUGACCUUGGACCUAAAGGCCUAGAAGGAAUGGUGCAGAAACGCUCCGGCGGUCACAGGAUUCCCGGGCUGAACUGCUGCGGUCACAGCAAAAUGUGCUACCGCUGGUCCAAGCGCUGGCUGGUGGUGAAGGACUCCUUCCUGCUGUACAUGAAGCCGGACUCUGGUGUCAUCUCGUUCGUGAUGCUGGUGGACACAGAGUUCAACAUUAAGAUGGACUCCAAAGAAACCGAGACCACACAUGGCGUCCGCAUCGACAGCCUGUCCAGGUCUCUGGUGCUCAAGUGCAGCAGCUACAGACACGCCCGCUGGUGGGGUCAGGCCAUCGAGGGCUUCGUCCACAAGCACGGCGCCGCCUUCCUCACCGAGCACCGCUUCCACUCCUUCGCUAGACAGGAGGAGAACAUCCCGGCCAAAUGGUAUGUGAAUGGGAAAACAUACAUGGAGGACGUGGCUGAUGCUCUUGAAGAAGCCAAAGAAGAGAUUUUUAUCACCGACUGGUGGUUGAGUCCAGAGAUCUUUCUGAAGAGGCCGGUCGUCGAGGGCAACCGCUGGCGUCUCGACUGCAUCCUGAAACGUAAAGCGCAACAAGGAGUUCGUGUCUUUGUGAUGUUGUAUAAGGAGGUGGAGUUAGCUCUGGGCAUCAACUCUGGUUACAGCAAGAGAACUCUGUUACAUCUACACCCCAACAUCAAGGUGAUGCGUCACCCCGACCACGUCUCCUCCGCCGUUUACCUGUGGGCUCAUCACGAGAAGCUCGUCGUCAUCGAUCAGUCGGUGGCGUUCGUGGGCGGCAUCGACCUGGCGUAUGGUCGCUGGGACGACUGCGAGCAUCGGCUGACGGAUGUCGGAAGUGUGACGCUCUCUCACCUGGAGCAGGCGAGCUCCGCCUCCUCCACUCAGGCUGCUCCGCCCAACGGCAGAAGCAGCAGCGCCGCUCCCCAGAGCAACGGGAAGAACAUUUUCACUGUGAUGGACUCGGCAGACCAGCCCAAGCUGAAGGGUCAGGGAAGGAUGAAGAGGACGAGGUUCAGCAUCAGGAGACACCUGCAGAAGCACGGCUUGGCGACCAGUGACAGCGACAGCGACCUAGAGACCGAAGAGAAAACUGGCACGAUGCACAGUCUACGUACCGGUGUGGGAGAGCUGUACGGAAACACGCGGUUCUGGCACGGAAAGGAUUACUGCAACUUUGUGCACAAGGACUGGAUUCAGCUGGACAAACCUUUCGAUGACUUCAUCGACAGACACAUGACUCCCAGAAUGCCUUGGCAUGACAUCUCCUCAGUGGUUCAUGGCAGUGCUGCUCGCGAUGUGGCCAGACACUUCAUCCAGCGGUGGAAUUUCACCAAGCUGAUGAAGCCAAAGUAUCGCUCUCAGUCAUUCCCGUAUCUGUUGCCCAAAUCUCACACCACAGCUGGAGAACAGCGCUACCAGGUCCCCAACUCUGUCCCCACCAAAGUUCAGAUCCUUCGCUCGGCUGCAGACUGGUCCGCCGGCAUCAAACACCACGAGGAGUCCAUUCACAACGCGUACGUGGAGGUCAUCAAGAACAGCCAGCACUUCAUCUACAUCGAGAAUCAAUUCUUCAUCAGUUGCGCAGACAACAGACAUGUUUUCAACAAGAUAGGGGACGCUAUUGCUGAACGCAUCAUCAGAGCGCACAGCGAGGGAAAAAGGUACCGGGUGUACGUGGUGACGCCACUGCUGCCGGGUUUUGAAGGAGACAUCAACACAGGAGGAGGCACCGCCAUCCAGGCUGUCAUGCACUUCAACUAUCGGACCAUGAACAGAGGAGAUCACUCCAUCAUCUCACAGCUGCGCAGAGAGAUGGGAGAUCAGUGGAUUAACUACAUCUCCAUCACUGGUCUGCGAACAUACGCGGAGCUGGAGGGCAAACUGGUCACUGAGCUCAUCUACGUCCACAGCAAGAUGCUCAUCGCCGACGACAACACCGUCAUCAUCGGCUCUGCCAACAUCAACGACAGGAGCAUGCUGGGAAAGAGGGACAGCGAGGUGGCCGUGAUCGUGGAGGACUCGGAGACGGUCGCCGCAGUGAUGGACGGUCAGCCAUACCAGGCCGGACGCUACGCUCUGCAGCUCCGCCUCGAGUGUUUCAGGACAAUCCUCGGCGGUCACACGGACUCGUCCAUCGACGUCUCUGACCCUGUCAGCGAUCAGUUCUAUAAGGAAGUGUGGAUGGCCACGUGUGCUCGCAAUGCCACCAUUUUCCAGAAGGUUUUCCGUUGUCUGCCGUCCAGCGACGUCCGUAACAUCCUGGAGCUGGAAGGCUUCCUGGCCAAGGCAGGUCUGGACAAGGAGGACCCGGUCCGAGCCCGCGAAGAGCUGAAGAAGAUCCGUGGUUUCCUGGUCCAGUUUCCUCUUCAGUUCCUGUGCGAGCAGAACCUGCUUCCUCCCAUCGGCUCCAAGGAGGCCAUGGCACCCAUGGAGCUCUGGACCUGAGUCUGGACCUGAGUCUUGACCUGAGUCUGGACCUGAGUCUGGACCUCUGCUGCCAACGUUCAUCACAUGGAAGGUUCUUCAGUUGGAACCUGGAGCCAUUUUGGAGGUUUAAUCCGACUCUGAUCGGCCAUUAAACCCAGAAUUUACUGAAAAACAACUGUUGUUUACAUCGUCAUCGUCUCAUUGUCGUAAUCUGAAUUCAUCGCAUUUACAACGACUGAGUGUGAGAAAAAAGACAUCAAAUCUAUUCAUGUUUAGCGGAUAAAACAUAAGAAAACUGCGUGAUGAGAUUAUUCUUGACUAAGAACGUUAGAAAAAAUUCCCUUUUAGAAAGUCGCAGAAUUUUUACUCUUUUUACUCUCGCUUAACUCCAAAAAUCAGCAAAGUUCGCAUUUUCCUGCGUCGGUUAUCCUAUAUAAAAAUAUACUCACAUGAACACCAGGGGGAGUUUGAGAACUUCUAGUGUUUGUUGUCGUUAAUUUCCGACAUGUACGGGAAUAUGUGAUACUGUUCGAACUCGUUCGUUGUCGCAAUGUUGUUGACUUAAGGUGAACUCUCCUGUUGCUAAUGCUAAGCUAACUCGCCCACAGUCACAAGCUCACUCUGCGACAUAUUUAGUUUUUGCUAGAUUUUGUCACGCAAGGAUUUUUCACUUGAAAACUCGCACAUUUUCAGGUCUUUUGUGAUUUUCGCAUUCUUUGCAUUGAUUUUGUAUUUAAUCAGAAAAGUUCGCAUUUUCCUGCGUCCAUUGUGUUUGUCCUCGGAAAUUAUCGUGACACUGCAAUACUCGUAUGGACACCAGGGGGAGUGCAAGUAUUAACAAGUACUUACAGUUACUUUAAGUCAACAGCAACGCGACAACGUACGAAUACAGUGUCACUUGUUCCCGUCGAUGACAGAUUUUAACGACAACAAACAUCGUGAGUACUCACACUCUCCCUGGUGUUCAUGUGAGUAAUAAAUUUAUCUUUCGUCUCAAACCAGAUUUUUAAACGUUAAAAACAUUCCUCGAAACACUUUGUUUUUAUAUUUGAAAACUUGCAUAUUUUUCAGGUUUUUUGCGAUAUUCGCAAUUAACAACAGAACGUCCAAACUAUGUAUUUAAUCUAAUCGUACAUCAAAUGUACGUCCUCCAAUGUUUACAACGUACUAAUCCAGUCAUUCUAUUAGGUCUGAGUUCAGUGGUGUCGCCUCCUAGUGGAAUACUCCAGUGACACAGGUGCAUGAACACAGGUGCAGGUAGGCGCGGGCUAAACAGGAAGUAGAACUCUUGCUGCCGUGUAGCGGCAAAAAGAACCUCCAAAAUGGCAUCCACUGUGAGGAAGCCUCUGCACCACUACUGCCACCCAGUGGACACACAUAACAUGACACCUCACUCACACACACACAUACAUGGUGCAACAUGUCGACCAGCAGAGGGAGCGGGGAGCUCCACAGUGUCUGAAGACAACAGCUUCAUGUUUACACGAACAUAAAAAUAAAUGAAUGACUAAAGACACUGAAGUGAUUGAUGGACUGUGACUCCGCAUCCUCCUCUGACUCUAACUCUGCCUCCUUUGACAACACUAUGCAAAUGUGCGGAGGGUCAGUGAACGCAGCACGGGCUCUUCUGUGCUCGGUUUGAAGAAGAAGACACUAAAACAGAGACAAGUAGAGCGGAGCUGAGGAUGAAGAGCUGAUGAUGAGGAGCUGAGGAUGAAGAGCUGAGGAUGAGGAGUUGUGUCUCCGCUCCAAGCCGCUGCCACUUUUUAACGUGGAGCAGAAAAAUCACGAUUGCCAAAGAAGAUAUUUAGCGCUCUCACGUUAGCGCUCUCACAUUCCUUGACACAGUCAGCCUUAAGCCACGCCUUCUUUAUUUUUUAUCUACAUUUAAAAUUAAUUCAUUGAUUCAUUAUUUUUUUUAUAUGUGUUUUUAUCUUCAGCUUGUCAUUUUUAAGCUGCAUUACCUGGUUUUUCCUCUUGGUGGCAGCACAUAUCACCUUGUAAAGAUGACGUUUCCUUUGUUACAAGUUACGUAGUGUCACUUUAAAUCAAUAUUUAUAUUUUUUAAUGUGGAGUUUGUCGAUCUUUGAAAGGUGAUGAUGUCAGUGAACCAGUUAAUACAGAUUAAAGUCAUAGUUCAUGUUUUUGUUUGUUUUUUAAAUAAGUGUGGUUCUAUGAGGUCUGUGUGCUGUGAGCGCCCCCUGCUGUUUUUAUCAGCUACAGUAUGUAAAGACUGAAGUUUGUAAACCACUCACUCUCCCACACCAAACCCCAUGGAAAAAAUCAGUGAUUUUAGCUGGCACAGCUAGCUGCUGGUCUACUGCUGCCUCGUGUGGUCACUUUGUGUCACUGAUGUAAAUCUAAAUGAAGGAUUUUUAAUGCCAAAGUGUCGAAUUAAGUAAUUUCAACUUAGUGAUGGAGGCAGCAGUGGAUCAACAACUCCUGUGUGUGUUGUUAAAAUCACUGAUUUUCUCUAUAGGCUUUGGUGUGGGAGAGUGAGUGGUUUACAAAAGUCUGUCUAACAGUGAAAAAAGACGUCAUCAUGUUCUUAAAGAUAUGGUAGGUGCUGAUUUGGUGUCAGAACCUCAUAAAAUCACACUUUUAACAAGCGGAACUGUCCUUUUUAAAGUUGCUCAAAUUCACGUUUCUCAAUAAGAAGACGUCAAACACGAGUGUGCGAUCGAAUCUCACACUCAAACCAUCUGUUCUGGAUUUUUCUCGAUGUUCUGGAAUGAAUAUGUUAUGCCAAUUCUCCUCCGUGUCUUCCUGUGUGUGUGUGUGAUCUGCAUGAUGCUGUUCAGUGGAAUGAUGAUAUUUUUUUACCAAAAGAAGAAGCACCGCAGACGUCAUUAGCUGGAGCUGAGAGCAUGAACCACGGUGCGAUGCCAUGAAACCUGACAGAUGAACGCAUGAACGGUUCCUCUGAAAGCCGUGGGUUUUUUUUGUGCCUGUUUCUGAUCUGUGAUGAACCUGAAGCUCCUCUGAUGUUUAAAAUCCUUCCUCUCUACCUCCCUGGGUUUCUACCUCCUGCUCAUCAGCCCAAUUUGUUUUUAAACUCCUACAGUGAACAUGUGCAUCUACGGCCCCAGAAUGAAACCUUGUCCCCGGAUGAAAGGUCUGCUGGACCCUGUCCUCCCGCCGUCUCUCUGUCUUCCUUUAAACACUGUGUCUCCAUGGAAAUGCACUAUUUUGCACAGACUGUUGUCUCGUCUCGCGGCGUUGUCCCUUCACAACGAUAUUAUGCAGUUACCGCGUCAUGUGUCGCUUUUAUUGUGAAAUGAUAAGGAAUUAAGUCGAUGAAUAAAUGAGGUUUUAAAAAUGGUA